AUGGGUGUGCGUAGGCCUAAUAGAAUUAUUUACACUCGUCAGCUGCACAAGCCUAGUGUCCUCAUGUAUAAAUUUCAGAGUUGUCAGUCUCACCUGUCCUGGAUGGAUGGACAGACCGGUAGAUCGGUAGAUUGCCAGGCUAAAGACACAAGCCAGCCCAAAGACACAAGCCAGCCCAAAAACACAAGCCAGCCCAAAGACCCAAGCCAGCCCAAAGACCCAAGCCAGCCCAAAGACCCAAGCCAGGCCAAAGACACAAGCCAGCCCAAAGACACAAGCCAGCCCAAAGACACAAGCCAGCCCAAAGACACAAGCCAGGCUAAAGACACAAGCCAGCCCAAAGACACAAUCCAGCCCAAAGACCCAAGCCAGCCCAAAGACACAAUCCAGCCUAAAGACCCAAGCCAGGCCAAAGACCCAAGCCAGGCCAAAGACACAAGCCAGCCCAAAGACCCAAGCCAGCCCAAAGACACAAGCCAGGCCAAAGACACAAGCCAACCCAAAGACACAAGCCAACCCAAAGACACAAUCCAGCCCAAAGACCCAAGCCAGCCCAAAGACACAAUCCAGCCUAAAGACCCAAGCCAGCCCAAAGACCCAAGCCACGCCCAAAAACACAAGCCAGCCCAAAGACCCAAGCCAGCCCAAAGACCCAAGCCACGCCCAAAGACCCAAGCCAGGCCAAAGACACAAGCCAGGCCAAAGACACAAGCCAACCCAAAGACACAAGCCAACCCAAAGACACAAUCCAGCCCAAAGACCCAAGCCAGCCCAAAGACACAAUCCAGCCUAAAGACCCAAGCCAGCCCAAAGACCCAAGCCACGCCCAAAAACACAAGCCAGCCCAAAGACCCAAGCCAGCCCAAAGACCCAAGCCACGCCCAAAGACCCAAGCCAGGCCAAAGACACAAGCCAGGCCAAAGACACAAGCCAACCCAAAGACACAAGCCAACCCAAAGACACAAUCCAGCCCAAAGACCCAAGCCAGCCCAAAGACACAAUCCAGCCCAAAGACCCAAGCCAGCCCAAAGACACAAUCCAGCCCAAAGACACAAGCCAGCCCAAAGACCCAAGCCACGCCCCCUAACUGCAAGGCCACCGCACAAGCACAAGAGACGCAUCGAAGUUAAUGACAUGAUCAUCCAAAAGAGCCCAACGCUAAUUGCUUGUGUUAAUGACAGGGGUGAAGAGCUGUACGGGAAACAACAGAAGUGUUCUUUAUCAAGCUCUAGACAUGGGGGAAACGUGACGGGAGUAGACGUUGUUAUCUCCCCCCUCCCACCCUUUUCCCAAAAGAGGGCCGCCCACAGCUUCCAUCGCCGCCCACGCUUGACAGCCGGCCGCCCAUUAGCCACUGCCAAAAAGAGUCCGAACGUUUGUCUUCUUACAUCUAAGGAUUCGGACGAGUUAAGCCUUUCAAGAUCUGGUCGUAACUUAAAAUUGCACACAGAAUAG